GUUCUGCGUAAUGUUCAACCCGCUGGUACCUUUUUGUCUUUGAGCGAAAAGUGGGGCAUGAGAAAUCAGAUGUCAGCCUACAACUUCUACUCACUUCCAUAUACGGUUUCAAAAUGGCUGCUGCGUUCUCAGGACGACCACCGACCGUGUUCUCACUAAUCAAGGAGUAUUCAUCUUUCCCGGUCUCUGAUAGCCCAGAAACGCGACUGGCCGAGGACUCCGCGAUUGACAAACGGUGCAUGCGAGAGUUACCUGAUUUGGAGCCAGGUGAAAUCCAGAAAAGGCUCGAAGAAACUCACAGGGAACUGAGCAACAGGAGGAAGAUCAUCAUUAAACACCUGCCUCAGGAUAUUACCAGCCAGGAGGUUCACGACAUUUUGCGAGAGUAUGAGCUGAAGUACUGUUAUGUGGACAGGAACAAGGGAACAGGGACCGAGGCUGAAAUGAGAGCGGUCCAUCUUCUGGCUGUGAGCUUUGCACUAACCAUAUGCUGUCUUCCAAACAAGGCCUUUGUGACCCUGAUGAACGGAGACCAGGCCCGGGACGCUAUCCGCUCCCUGCACCAGACCCCCGUGCGCGGCAGGGAGAUCACGGUGCAGCUGCAGUCCACCGACGCCCUGCUCUGCAUCACUGGCCUGCCCCACACCUUCACCGCCGGGCAGUUCCAGGAGCUGGCGCGCGUCCACGGCAACCUGGAGCGCUGCUUCCUGGUGUACAGCGAGCGGACGGGCCACUCCAAGGGCUACGGCUUCGCAGAGUACAUGAAGAAGGACUCGGCCUCCCGAGCACGCUCAGAGCUGUCGGGCCGUCGCCACGGAGACCGCACCCUCAUGGCGCAGUGGGCCGAUGCCAACCGAUUGGCCGCCGACCUCCUCCACUCAAAGUGCCUCCACGUCGACCGGCUGCCCGCUGACCUGCGCGACAGCGAGGAGCUUUCCAGAAUGUUCCGCGGCCGGCACAGGCCGGUUUUCUGCCAGUUGGCACAGAACGAGGACAGCCACGCCCGGGGUUUCGCAGUGCUGGAGUACGAGACGGCCGAGCAGGCGGAGGCUGUGCUGAUGGACAUGGACAGACGGACGGUCAGGGGCCAGGAGGUCCACGUGUCCCUCUGUCCUCCAGGGGCCUCGGGUAGGAGCACGCUGGCUGCUCUGAUCGCCGCCCAGGGCACGCAGCUGUGGAGCAGUAGGAAAGGUCUGCUUCCAGAGCCCAGCCUGGCUCAGCUGCUGAGCAGCAUGAGUACCCCUGCAGCCCUGCAGGUGCUGGGAAUGCCCUAUCAGAACGGCAAGCACAGAGGGAAAGUUAGCCGGCCACAGGGGGCGCCGUUUCUGCACCACCCUCUCUCCACAGCCCUCAUCCAUCUGGGCAAGCUACAGCAGCAGAACACCUUAUUAGGAAACGGGAUAGUUCUGCAGAGGCUUCUACAGAUGCAGCUGGCCCAGCAACAGCUCCUACGCAUCAAAGACAAACACAUCAGUGCUGUGCCCAGCCUGCUUGGUGACCCUUCCAGAGUGUUGCUCCAGAAUCUUUUGGGGUUGCAGGCCACGGCUUCCACAGCUGUGGGCCUGGGCCAGGGCCUACCAGGAGGCUCUCCCAGGGAAAUCUCCCAUGAUGCAGUGCAGGUGUGUGGCCUGGGCCCUGCGCUAUACCCCCCAGCCAGGCGAACCCUGGGCCUACCGAGCAGUGAGCAGAGUGGAGCCCCGGCGACUGAAAUACAGCCCACACCGCCUGGGUUCCCCACACAGAGCCUCACUCGGGGCACCAGCAGGUCUCUCGCAUGUACCCCAAAUCUGCAGAAAAACCUGCACAGCACCAGGAACAGCGCCUCCACUGCGAGUGUGACUUGUGGGCAGACAUCGUUGCUGGGGGAGCCUCCCAAGGACGUGAAACUUCCCUCGAACCCGUAUCUGGACCUGGCCAGUGUACUUCCUGGUGUAGUUCUACAAGGAGCUGGCGGCGGUAAAGCACAGAGCGUACAGCCGCGUGCCGGCAUUCACGACGCUAACCGGCUCAGCACCGACCUCACCACUGACUACACCCACCAGUACAGUCCACAGUACUCGCAGGAAGCCGUGCAGCCAUGGUACCAGCACUACCAAGCACAGGACUAUGCCAGGACUGCACUGGAGGGUGCGGCCAGUGAAUACGGCCACGAGCGUAACCAGGCAAGCUCAUGGAUGUCUACACGCUCAACACAGCUUGCAGCAGGUAGCCUGUCCUGUGUGGAUUACAGCACCUACACACAGCCUGUCGGUCAGUACUACUCUCAGCCACACCUGAUACAGGCUGGAGCCCACACCCACCACAGGGACACAAGCAAGGAAGGCAAUCCGUUAAAGACGCCCCACAGUGGAAUACCACACUCUGUCAGUAAUGGCAGCCACCCAGGGGACUCGCUGCCCACUUAUGGCUGUGUACCCACCGCACCAGCGUACGUCACAGCGCGUACCUCCGGCCCUGGCUCUGCAGUCUGUCCCGAGACCGGACAGACGCCGUCCGACUGGAGCCAGUUUUUUUGUGUAAGCACUGAACCAGACACACGGACAGAAGCACGAUUACUCUCAGCUGCUUGUGCCAUCCUGUAUGGGCCAGCUCUCUCAGAACCAUGACCAAGACUACUCUAAAAAGAGGUGGCAGUAGAGAAAGCUCUGCUAGUCUCGGGUUCACGGUUACCCUCCUCCCUUAGGCGAUAUUGUUGUUCAUGCCUUAACUUCCCAAAUCUUGACUCAUUUAUAUAAACAUUUCUCAUACAUGUAAAUUUCUGCAGCAUAAAGUAAUGUUUUGUAUAGAAAUGCAGCACUUUGUUUAAAUUUGUUUAAAUGGGGGGAAAAAAAUAAAAAAUGAAGAAUGUUA